AUGUCUGAUCAUUCUAGAGUCUCUAUAGGAACCGCCUUUGUGGCUGGAAUCCUCCUCGCGGUGGGGUUUUCUGAGCUUCUGUAUCCGGAGUUGAAGAAUCGCAUCCGAGGGACUCGUUCUCAGCCGACAAAGGUCCUGCAGGAUGGCUCCGCAGACUCUUUGACGGUCAGGUCAGGGCCUCCUGCAAUUGUUGACGGCAUUGAAGGCUGCAUCGGAAAUACUCCUCUGUUACGCAUCAAAUCAUUAUCCGAUGCGACUGGAUGCGAGAUUCUUGGGAAAGCAGAGUUUCUGAACGGAGCAGGUCAGAGCUCCAAGGACCGAGUAGCUUUAAGCAUGAUUGAAAUUGUAUGUGAUAUGUGGCCCCGGUCCCUUCUCAUGCCAAAAAUUAACCUGCAAAGGCCGAGCAAAAAGGUUCGACCGGAAUUUCACUGGCUAGUCUUGCCAGAGCAAAGGGCUACCUCGCUCACAUGCGCAAUAGUAGAUCGUGUACCUCCCGCACCGAUUGUUGAAAAGGACAACUUUGUCAAUCGCGCGCGUGCCCUCGCUCAAGCUCAGACACUGUCUCCCUCGGGUGGCAGAGGCUUCUUCGCAGACCAGUUUGAAAACGAAGCUAAUUGGAGAGCUCAUUACAACGGUACAGGGCCGGAAAUUUAUGCGCAGUGCAAUGGUAAACUUGACGCGUUCGUCGCUGGCGCUGGUACUGGGGGUACAAUCUCUGGCGUCGCCCUCUUCCUGAAGCCUCGGAUUCCAAAUUUGAGUGUAGUGCUGGCCGAUCCUCAGGGAAGUGGACUCUACAAUCGAGUACGCUUCGGCGUUAUGUUUGAUAUUAAGGAGAGAGAAGGCACGAGGAGGCGAAGGCAGGUUGACACGAUCGUUGAAGGAAUUGGGAUUAAUCGCGUCACUGCCAACUUCGAAGCAGGAAAGGAGCUCGUCGACGAUGCUGUGCGAGUGACGGAUGCGCAGGCGUUGGCCAUGGCUAGAUGGUUAGUCGAAAAGGAUGGUAUCUUCGUUGGAAGUAGCAGUGCUGUCAAUUGUUUUGCGGCAGUCAAAACAGCGAUGAAGCUCGGUCCUGGCCAUAGGAUCGUCACAAUCCUGUCUGACUCUGGCUCAAGGCACCUUUCUCGAUUCUGGGCCAAGGCUGGAGAUGUCGGCGGUGCGGUAGAUACCAAACUCGAGGACGUUCUGAACGCCAAAGAUGACGAAUAG